CAAAGGGCCCAUCUCAGCAAAGAGCGGAAGCUCGAGCGGCGAGCAGUUUGCUUGCAUUGCUUUGCUGCUUCCGUUGCCGCACAGCGGCACAACCAACGUUUCUGCUGGCAGAAAUCCAAAUAAGAAUGGCGCAGUCAACUCUUUUACUCUUGCACAUCAAUCGCUCUUCUUCCCCAUCCAUUUUCCAUCAUUCCCAAUCUCCUAAACUUUCGCCCCAACCCGCCAAAACCCUCUCAGUCCCUCGCUUGUUAACCGCGCGAAAGCAGCGAUUCAGCUCUAGAAUGGAUCAUCUUCACCCGCCUCAUUCAUUGCAAGGGGUCGUAUCGGAGGCCAUCGGGUUGCUACAGUCGCCUGACCCGACCUGGCAAUCCGCUCUCCUCAACAAUCUGCUGAUCUUCGUGCUCGGGUCGCCGAUUCUGGUUUCGGGGCUUUCCUUUCCGGGAAUUUCCGCCGCUUUCGUGCUCGGAACCCUCACUUGGCGCGCUUUCGGCCCCUCUGGAUUCCUCCUCGUCGCCGCUUACUUCGUCAUAGGGACUGGAGUUACGAAAGUGAAAAUGGCGCAGAAGGAAGCUCAGGGUGUUGCUGAGAAGAGGAAAGGGAGAAGGGGACCUGGCAGUGUGAUUGGUUCAAGCGCUGCUGCUUGUGUCUGUGCCUUCAUGUCCAUAUAUGGAAUUGGGGGAGUGGAAGUUGCUCAACUUUGGCAGCUUGGAUUCGUUGCUAGCUUCUGUACCAAGUUGAAUGACACCGUCUCUAGUGAGAUAGGGAAGGCUUAUGGCAAAACUACGUACCUUGUUACGACAUUCAAGGUUGUUCCUAGGGGAACUGAAGGUGCUGUGAGUAUUGAGGGAACUUUGGCUGGUUUCCUUGCUGCAGUGGUUCUUGCUUCGAUUGGUUGUCUUAUGGGUCAGAUAAAUGGAGCUGAAGCACUCAUAUGUGUGGUAGCCUCCCAAAUCGCAAACUUUGGUGAGAGCAUAAUAGGUGCUGUCUUUCAAGAUAAGGAAGGAUAUCAAUGGCUUAACAAUGAUGUGGUGAAUGUGAUUAACAUAUCGAUUGGGAGCAUACUAGCAGUUUUAAUGCAGCAAGCAUUGCUCCAAAACUGGCAAACAUCGUGAACUUGUUUUCACCACCAAUCGUUCCUCCUAUCUCCUUGGAUGCCUGGAAAGUGCUCCGCUAGUUUGCUUGUGCAGGAAGGUAAUGGAGUAUAGCCCCAUUGAGUGAAUGCGUUGACAAUUUAUUAGCUGGGUUGUUGUUGAUUGGAACUAGACGGCAAGAAUGGCGGACAGGGCCCAGAAGUGACGUUUAUCAAACUAGUGAGUGAUGCGUGAGAGAGAGAGAGAGAGCAUUAGACGUCGCAUGGCAUGCAUGGUUAUUGUCAAUCAUGCUGGCAAUUGGCAAAUGAGAAUCCUUUCACUUGCAGGAUUGUCUUUUUGGGUGGAUGGAGAAUCUAUCAUUUUCUUUCUCGACUAGACUACUAUGAUAUGGCUUUCCAAAAACGAACAGUCAAUUCACUCUCUUUCAAAAGUUGAUGAUUCUGAAUGAAUGGUACUUAGCUUGUAGUUUCAGUAUGAGCAUUGUUGUACCAAUCCUAUCCCUUCACAUCAUUGCUUCAACGAGUUUUGAUUUAUGUUUGGUAAGAGAGAAUUUUAGUCGAACCACAUAUGUAAAAAGUUAGUCUUGCCGCUCAACUCGACUCUUAAAUUUCAUAUUCUCCAUGCCAACUCUCCAAUUUCUUCUUUUACAUUCAUUCCCCGAUAUGAUAUCGGUCCCCUAUCAUAAAGCUAACAAGUUACAGCCAAUCCUCUCACCCAUUCCUCCACAAUGCCAUAAAGAUUCAGUCGUUCCCAACCAAGAAUGUUGUCAGUUGUCACCAUUAUUGAUUGAUUGGUUGAUUGAUUCCCUAUACUAUACAUGUUCCUUUCCCCAUUACAUUCGUACACUCGCCCAAAAGUAAUCAUGAAACCAGAAAAAGGGUCAUUUACAUAAACGCCACUAAAUUUGUCUGGAUAGUUCAGAUCGACAUAAUAACUCAUCGAAAUUAAUAAUAAUAAGAAGUGGUAUAUAAAUCCUGUGACUGUGAGUACAAAUUGUUAAAAUGAAUAGUCUAGGUAAUCUAUAAGUUAGCUAGUUAGAGUUUGUACAACGUUUUAAAAUCGUCAAUGACAAGUUUGUUAGCAAUCCCAAAAUUGGCAUACUAAUAUAGGAAGACUCUACAGCCCGAGGGUUACUUCGUUUGCUACGAGAGGAGGUAAUGAAUGAAAGUGAUCCUCAGCAUAAUAAAUGAUCAAUUAACUACAAUGAGCUAACUACAAUGGUCACCACUUAAAGCAACCAAGGUUAGUUUUGUUACAUGGGAAAACUUAAGUAACUUUUCCCAACUAAAUGACAAGAUUACCGACUUAAUCUUGUUCUAAUUGAAGUAGUUAGCGUCCAAGUUCUUCUAAGUUCUAACCAUUGGUAUGUGGAUUGAUAUCUUGCCUAUAUCACUUCCCCUUUCGUCUUCUUAUGGGUGGUUGGACCCAAACAUCCUGUUGUCGAAUUUGGAAAGAUAGAUGCAAUGCAAGACUAUCUAUGGGUUUGCUUCAUUCCAGCCGCAAGUUUUGUGCAGGUAAUCGACAUCUCACAAGGACGGAUGGCGAAAUAGUCGAACAAAUCACUUUGUUUCAAUAACUUGAGUUGUUGGGAAAGGGUUGUUAAGUUUUUGUAUUUGGUCGGGGCGCGCAAUCAAUCCCAUCCUCCAUCUUCUUUGCUUGCACACAUUGGUCUAUAUAUGUUGGUUAUGGAGCAGAAGGAAGUUUGAAGUUCAUAACAGAGAAAAGAUCGAUCAAGGUGCGUUAUCAACGGGACAAAGCACUUACCUUCGAACUAAUUUGUUUGACUCUUUACAUCAGAUUGUGUUGGAACGUGGACUUUCACAGUUUCACAUGGGCAUGGCUAACCCCUAGAUGAGUCAUAAAUUAAGUUCAUAAUAAUAUAUUUAUGGUUUGAGAUGUGUGAAAUUUAGUAAUAAAUUGUUGUUAGAAUCAUACCUAGACUUUUGUCUCUUGCACAAAAGUCUUCUGUGUCAAGCCAACUUAGAAUUAAUCGAAUUUUGAUCA